UGCCGUUGGAUUUAGCAACCCGGGUAGAUUUUCCCCUCUUUUUUUGUUUUCCCCCUUUUUUGUUUGUUUAAACCUGCGAGGAUGUCUGGACAGAGCAUUACGGACCGGAUAACGGCAGCGCAACACAUUGUUACCGGUUCCGCGGUGUCCAAAACGGUGUGCAAGGCGACCACGCACGAAGUCAUGGGGCCAAAGAAGAAGCAUUUGGAUUAUCUGAUCCAAUGCACCAAUGAGAUGAAUGUGAACAUCCCUCAGCUGGCAGACACGCUGUUUGAGAGAACAACCAACACCAGCUGGGUCGUGGUAUUCAAAUCCCUCAUCACCACACACCACCUGAUGGUCUACGGCAACGAGAGAUUUGUACAAUAUCUGGCCUCCAGGAACACAUUAUUCAACCUCAGUAAUUUUUUGGACAAAAGCGGGUUACAAGGAUAUGACAUGUCCACCUUCAUCCGAAGGUACAGCCGCUACCUGAACGAGAAGGCAGUCUCAUACAGACAAGUGGCUUUUGACUUCACUAAAGUAAAAAGAGGUGCGGAUGGCGUAAUGAGAACUAUGAACACAGAAAAGCUUCUAAAGACCAUCCCUAUCAUCCAAAACCAGAUGGAUGCACUCCUCGACUUCAAUGUAAAUGCCAACGAGCUCACAAACGGGGUCAUUAAUGCAGCGUUCAUGCUUCUGUUUAAAGAUGCCAUCCGUCUGUUCGCGGCCUACAAUGAAGGGAUCAUCAACUUGCUUGAGAAGUAUUUCGACAUGAAGAAAGCACAGUGUAAAGAAGGCCUGGACAUCUAUAAGAAAUUCCUCACUCGAAUGACAAGAAUCUCAGAGUUUCUCAAAGUGGCAGAGCAAGUGGGAAUCGACCGAGGAGACAUACCGGACCUGUCACAGGCCCCCAGUAGCCUUCUGGAUGCCCUCGAGCAGCAUUUGGCUUCAUUAGAGGGGAAAAAGGUCAAAGACUCCACAGCUGCCAGCAGAGCCAGUACGCUGUCCAACGCAGUGUCCUCCUUGGCCAACACGGGUAUCUCUUUCACCAAAGCUGACGAGAGGGAAAAGCAGGCUGCUCUGGAGGAGGAGCAGGCCCGAUUAAAAGCACUUAAGGAGCAGCGGCUGAAGGAACUGUCCAAGAAACCUUCCACAACCUCCACGACUGCUGCAUCUCCAGUUUCCACCGAGACGGGGUCCAUCAGUACCGUUCCGGCCAUUGACUUGUUCUCCGCAACCAGUACCUUUGCUAACAGCACUCCAAAGGUGCCGAACGAUCUGUUGGACCUGCAGCCUGCGUUCCAGCCCUCCCUGCCUCUCUCCAGCGGCCUGCCUUUAGCCAACACAUGGGGAGGGUUCUCUGCACCUCCCGCCGCUCAGCCUCCCAGUUCCACAGGCCUUAAUGUCGACUUUGACUCCGUGUUCGGCAAUAAGUCGGUCGCCAACAGCACAGACUCUGCUGUGACCUCUCCUAACCAGGGUCUGACGCCCAGUGCCCAACUCUCUGGCAAACUGGUCUCCGAUGACUUGGAUUCUUCACUGGCCAACCUAGUGGGCAAUCUCGGUAUUGGAAACGGAACAGCAAAAAAUGACAUCCACUGGAGUCAACCUGGAGAGAAGAAGUUAACAGGAGGAAUGAACUGGCAACCAAAGACGGCUCCUACCACUACAUGGAAUCCUGCCACCAUGGCUCCCUCAGUGAUGGCCUUCCCUGCCACGACGCCCACAGGAAUGAUGGGAUACGCGAUGCCUCCUCAAAUGGGCUCCAUGGCCAUGAUGACUCAGCCCACAAUGAUGUACACACAACCUGUGAUGCGGCCUGCCAAUCCCUUUGGCCCAGUGUCAGGGGCACAGAUGCAGUUCAUGUAGGAGGGUGGACGCUUCCCAAGGAUGAAUUAUAUGGCAAAUCUCAAACCUUUAAUCUCUCUCCAGUUGGCUGUUGUACUCUUGACAGAGACACACUUGUACAGGAAUCAGAGGGACGGGUGGGAAGGGCAUUAUGGAAUAUGAUGGGUGGGGUUGGGAGGGCUACGACUCUGUUUCCCAGACAUGGAGGACUCAGCGCUCAUUUUGUACUUUGUGUAACGCAGUAACCGAUAUCAAACUGAUCUGCGUCUGUAACGAAAAACAAGAGUGUUGAAAGAGUGUGAGUGCCAGAAUGUGGUGGGUUUUCAUGCAAUCACGGCUUCACUUCCCUUUUUUUUGUCCAUGAAAUGGCGAAACAAGGGAUCGGGGAGGGAUUUGUGGGUUGGAGUUCUGUCUUUAUCCGGUCAUCAAUCAAGCAUUACCUGAUUUAACGAUCACCAAUUAGAUAUUCUAACAUCCGUUUUACCACAAUUUCUACUUUAUUUUUUUAUGUUGAAGUUUGCAGUAGACAUUCCUUGUGUAUUGUCUUGUAUUUAUUUAUGAUUUACCCACUGAGGACAUGAAAGAAAUGAUAUUUUUUUCUCUUUUUUUUUUUUUUUUUUUCUUGAGAUCUUCCUUACGGGAGGUGUUUUGAAUUAUGCAUUUAUAUGGGUAUGAUUGGUUGUAUAAUUCGGAUUUUGAGUGACUGAAUUAUGAAAAAAAAAUAUAUAUAAUAUAAAAACGGGGGGAAAUGGACACCUAUAAACUGACUGAUACAGCACUAAGUAUUCUCAGAAGCAGUUGUAUGUCUAGUGCAAUUUCUUUGUAGCUCAAAUGCUCACCGGCCUCCAUUCGUAAAGGACAUAGGGUGAAAUAUACCAAUCAUUACGCCACAUAGUCAGUUCUGUGCCCCAGGGGGUUUUGGGUGGGUUUUUGUGAGGGAGCAUUUAGCAGAGCACUACAUUUGUGAUUCAGCGCCAUUGCAUUUGGGGACGAUCUGUACUGCUUUCUGCUUGGCAUGUCAUUAUUUUACAUUUGACAGUUAUAUGGCUGCCUUUUCGACCUGAAUGUGCAGAUUCGCCUUCAUUUUCGGGCCGUCCUGGAGAAAGAAGAGUUGCGUGUGUGUGUUUGUGGGUGCGUGUGUGUGGAUAUGAAUGAGAAACGCAGGUGUCAGGAUGGGGUCGGUAGUGUUUAGGUGUAGGCCCUGUAGACAGAAAGGGGGCGCUGUUGAUCAGUGCUCUGUGUACAUAACGCCGACCCUGUCCAGUAGGGAAGAACACAAAGGACGGUCCAAAUAUGAGAGCGAUUCUAUCCAUUGAUUUAGCAUAUUUACUGCAUCAUCCCUGCAGAUUCUAUUUUGUUUAUAUGACAAAAAAAUGAAGCAGAAUUUGGGUGAUUUACAAAUAAAAGUGCAGCUUCCACUGAA